AUGUUAACAUUUCUAUUAGUCAUAGGCAGUUCCAUCAUUGCCUCGGCUAAGCCAUUUCUUCAACAAGACUCAAGUCGGCAAUGGACGUUUGGAAAUGAUGUGUGGAACGCCACCCAGCGUAGCAUCAGGACCGACGAACUUUGGUACGGCAACCGAGAGCUUUUUGGUCAAGCUGUAGGACAUUACUAUAGCUCGAGCGUCGCAGCUAACAACUUUACAAUCACGGCGGCGUACAUACUUGGUGAAGGUGAAGUCGACGGCACUACAUACCUCGACUUUUAUUUCGAGACGCAGGCUGGCGAACAGCACUGGGUUAUUUUCGAUGGUCAGCAUGGUGCCUACCAAUACUUCAUCACGUCCGGUUUGAGAGAUCCUGGCGAGUUUCGCUCAAUCUGGAGACUCGACAACCAGACUUUCACACAUGGACACACCAGCGCACGCAACCAGGUCUUGCCCACCUUGGACGAGACCCUUUCCGGCGAGUUCGUCUUUGACUCGACCUAUAAGCUCCCGAAUGGCACCUACAUCACCAAAUACGACUUCACAGAUUUCAUCCACAACUUCGACUACUACGGGGUGUACGGUAAUGGAGUGGGGUCUUGGUACAUCCACGGUGGUAAAGACUAUUUCAACGGCGAUCACUUGCGACAGGAACUCGCGAUUCACCGUGAGCUCCAGACUGGGGAUGUCGCCCAGCUUAACAUGAUCCAGGGAGGUCAUUUCUUCAGCAGUCGAAAUAUCACGUUGGUUGAGCGGAAAAUGUAUGGGCCAUGGUUGUGGUAUCUCAAUGACGGAUCUUCGACUGACGCGGCCGAGAAAGCCGCGGUAGAGAAAGCAUCUUGGCCAUACAGCUGGGUCCAAGACAGCGCGUACCACUCGCGUGGUAGCCUCAAUGGCAAGCUCACACUUUCAGAUGGUCGGCCAGCGUCUAACGCGGCAGUUUUCCUGGGCGAUAAUAGCGACGCCUUGAGCACACUUCGACAGGGUAGCGCGUACUACUACAAAGUCUACGCCGAUGAAGAUGGCCUUUUCGAAAUUGAAAACGUCCGCACAGGAUCGUACGGUCUGGUUGCUUGGGCGAAUGGAAGUUCCAUUGCUGAUGUGAGCACCAACUAUACUCAAUACAACGUCACGAUAGAAAACGAUGCCAUGACCGACCUUGGGACGCUCAUAUGGGGCGUUCCCAAUGUUACGACAAUCUUUCGCAUCGGAGAAUUCGACCGCACAGCCUACGGCUUCAGAUUUGGCGGUGCUCCACGUGAGUACGGUCUCGCAGAACUCUGCUCUGCUUACAUCACCUAUGAGGUUGGCCAAUCGGACCCUAGUGACUGGUGCUAUGCCCAAACCCAGAAGGGCAACUGGACAAUCAAAUUCCCCGUUGAGGGUGGCGUAUCGGCAAACAAAGCAAAGUUGAUCAUAUCUCUCGCCGCAUACUCUCAAGGCGGUAAUUUCCACGUCUUGAUUAAUGAUGUGAAGGUAGCUACAGUCAACUCAUCUACACUCGCCAAUGAUGGUGCUCUGUAUCGGAGCUGCACUGCGGCAGGAGAGUGGAGAUAUCUUGAGUACAGCUUCGAUGCGUCUAUCCUCCGAAUCAAUGGCGCGAACGACGUCAGAUUCUGGCUGUAUGAAAAUACUUCUGAUGGCUCUGAAACACUCACCAACACAUUACGGGGCCCAAUGUAUGAUGCUGUUGCCCUCCGAUGGUAA